CCUCCUCGCGCGCUUGAACGUUCCUCUUUAUUGUCUCCAACGCUCGAAGUGACAGCAGACACAUGCGCCAGUAGCGCUCAGAAAAACGGAUUGAAGUGAAAUGAAGAUAGAAGCUGGAGUCUGUGCAUCUCCGUGGUGUUUUGAUGCAAAACAGGAUGUGACAUCAGCUGUUUUAAAUCUUCUGCUCGUGCGGUUUGGGCAUGAGUGAGGAGUCCCGCCCUCAUUCGCCCAACUGACCAAUCAGAAUGUUCGAGGUGAAGCCCAUGAGCGUGGAGAAGAAGGAAACAGCUGCGGGAACAGAUGAGGGCAGUAAUGUGUGUGACAAGGCCAUCAAUGUGUGUGGAGGGGAUUCGUUGUAUCUGUACGAAGGUCAGGACUGGGUCAUCUCACCCUCCUGCUCUCCAGAGGAACCCGGCGCCAUCUCACCCGUGCUGGCAGAGGAAACUUUCCGCUAUAUGACUUUUCUAGCUGUGGGUCCCUCCUCUUACACCUCCUCUAAAGUUCUGAGUGCUGAUCGGGUGGAGCAGAUGACAAAGACCUACAAUGACAUUGAUGUGGUCACACACCUACUGGCUGAAAGGGAUCGGGAUCUGGAAUUGGCUGCUCGGAUUGGACAGUCGCUUCUGCAGAGGAAUCAUGUACUUCAAGAAAGGAAUGAAUCGUUGGAAGAGCAGCUAGCGCAGGCCUUAGACCAGGUUCAUCAACUUCAGCAUGAAUUGGGAAAGAAGGAUGAACUCCUGCGCAUGGUCGCGAGUGCCAGCGAGGAGAGUGAGACUGACUCCAGCUGCUCCACGCCGCUACGCCACCCGGCGCCUGCAGGUGCUGCUCUCGCCCUUAGCCAGCUGGAGGUACUACAGACCAAAUUACAAGAGCUGGAGGAAGAGAAUUUCUCACUGAGAUCAGAGGCCUGUCAUCUGAAGAGAGAGACAUUCACAUACGAAGAAAAAGAACAACAGUUGGUGAACGACUGCGUUAAAGAGCUACGUGAGUCAAACAGUCAGAUGGAGAGUCUUUCAGAUGAACUUUCUCAGAAGAGCGAAAAUUUACUGAGACAUCAGGAGGAGAUUGCUCAACUCCUCUCACAGAUCGUAGAGGUUCAACACAGAGUCAAAGAGUUAGCGCUUGAGAAAGAGGAGUUGAGAAUUCACCUUCAAGCCUCAAAGGAAGCCCAACGACAACUCACUGCUGAGCUGAAAGAGCUGGCGGACAGGAAUGCUGAGUGCAUGGGAAUGUUACAUGAAUCUCAGGAGGAAAUUAAGGAACUGCGCAGUAAGAACACCCCGGCUGCAGGCCUGCGCAGACACCUGUCUUAUGGACUGUACCCAAUGGAUUCUCUGGCAGCGGAGAUUGAGGGGACAAUGAGGAGAGAACUAAGUGUAGAUGAUGAAAUCGUAUUUCAGGACCAGCGGUCGGCCCAUAAGCGUGUGUUCCAGACGGUGCGGUCUGUGAAUGAGUCUGUUAUGAGAGCGGCAGCCUCAGCGCCUCCGAUCCCUGGCUCCGCCCGCAGUGGCAUCAUCAUGACAGCAGUACCCUAUCAAUCACACACACCAAACACAGAGGAGGGAGAUGCAGAUCUAAACACCACCAAAGAGAACACUCGCCUGGGUCAGCCAGGCACUCCGGGUGGAAAUGACCUAACGUCUGCCAUACAUCGCCUUUCUCUGCGGAGGCAGAACUUCCUGUGUGAGCGACAGUUCUUCCAGGCUGAGAGAGAUCGGAAGCUUCAGGGAAUUGCGGCAACAGAGUUAGGAGGCGGGAGCGGCUGCAGUUCACCAAUGGGAAGCACUGUCUCUUCUUUCACCAACCUAUCAGAAUUCUCUAUCUCCUCAAGCUGUUUCAAGACCUUUCUGCCUGAAAAACUGCAGAUUGUUAAACCUAUGGAAGGUUCUUUGACGCUUCAUCACUGGCAGCAGCUUGCUAAACCCCACCUGGCCACUAUUCUUGACCCCCACCCAGGCAUAGUGACCAAAGGCUUCUGCCCUCUUCCUCAGGACGAUGUUUACCACCUGACAGACCUUGAAGAAGAUGAAGACCAGCAGAGGCCACGAUGGGAACUGAAGAGAAAGGGAGAGGAGGCACAGGACGCAAAGCAAAAAGAGGAAGAUGAGGAUGAAGAAGGAAUCACCUUUCAUGUGCAGUCAUCGUCCACUCCCAAGGAGAGGAAGGAAAGGUGUGUCCUAACCUCAACUAAUGCCCUACCCAUUCCUGCAUCCCUCAGGAGCUCCCCUGUGCCCAUAACAGCAGCUGUUUCCUUAGCAACAGCUGGUAAUCAGACAGUCAGCUCAGCACCUGUAGUAUCAGGCUCAGCAGCUCCCCAUUUUGACCUGAAUCUUGGUUCUAAAGCGCCCUCUACAGCUGUAAAUCCUGGAAAGUAUCAAAGCUCCACCUUUUCCACGUACACUUUUACUACCUGUCGGAUCCUGCAUCCUAGUGACAGCACACAGGUUACACCCAGCACUGCCUGUAGUCCGUCUGUGAUUGACAACACCCCGAGUUCUCUCCGGACCGGUUCCAGUACACCCGUCACACCCUGCAGGCUGAGUCUGGGUGACUCCUUCCCCAUACGCUGCCCUGCAGCACCCCCUCGUGGCCUUGCCAAACUCCUGCUGGAGAAAGGCAUUUCUGCUCAAGGUCCCACGCUUGUGGCACCACCUAAAAAGCCUCUUCCUUUGCAUCCUCUCCCCAGCACCCCGCCUAACUCUCCCUCCCACUCCCCAUGCCCCUCUCCUGUGCCCAUCGAUUCACGAUCCACCUCGUCUGACAACUUUCUGGCGUCCCGUCCUGCCGAGCUCUUUCUGCAAGAUGUUUACGGGCAUAAACUCGGCCGUGCCCCAAGACCAGAUCUCUUAAGCCCGGAACACACCCCUCAAGAGCAGUCAGUCAAAUCCGACCGCUAUGGCAUCAACCUCGUGGAGCAUCUACGCAAGCUAGGUUUGGAUAAAAAAGUGCACCAAUUGAUGGAUGCAGAUGGUGCCCAUACAUCUGCCACGUUCCUCGCAACAGGAGGAGGCAGUUUAUUGGACGGAAUUCGCCGUAAUCAAAGUCUACCUGCGAUGGUUGGUCACCGCAGUGCGUCUGUCUCCAGUCCUUCCUUUCCAGUCCAGCCUCCUCACCCUAUUUCCCUGGCCCUUCCCACUCCACCAUGGGGGAACCUAAAGGAACCACACCCCACACGUAGACAUGCCUCCCUUUCUCAUGCCCCACCCUCUCUGCAUAAUUCAUCAACAUAUGGGAGUGGCCUCAAACAAACCGGAAAACGAUGAAUCGAUGCCAUUUUUGGGUGACUCUGACUUCAUAUCCUUAUUAACGGUCUAUUUCCCCUCCCGUUUCCCAUAAACCGAGAGAGAGAAAGAGGCUCAAAGACAUUUAAAGAAGGAACUGCGUUGUUUUGAAAAGCACAAUAAUGAAGUAAAUGUGUCUUGUUGCCAUGUUAAUGUUCAAAGAUUUUGAAGGCCUUAUCAUUGCAUUUGAGAGGAAGUCUACUAAUCUCAAAUUUUCCCCUAAACACCACCUUUUCAUCUUUUUGACACAUGCAUUUUCUCUCUCUUUCUUUUAUUGUCCUGCCUUUCAGAUCCUUUAUUUUGUCUGAUUGACACGUCUGUUAACUCAUGGGGCUGUGGAGCUGUGCUGUUUAAUAUGCUUUAGGAAGGAACAAGGAUGUGGGCUUGAUUGAAGAUAGGAAGGAAAUAAAAGCAUGAUGAAAAGAAGGAAAGAAUACCAGACGAAGAAAGGAAGCAGUAAGGAAGGAAGGAAGGAAGGAAGGAAGGUAAGGAAGCAGGAAAUAAGAAAAGAAAGGAAGGACUGCAGGAAGGAAAGAAUGAAAGAAGGAAGGUAGGAAAGGAAGCAGGAAGGAAGGAAAAGGAGAAAGCAGGAAGUAAUAGAAGAAAGCAUGAAGGAAGGAAGGAAGGAAGGAAAGAAAAGCUGGAAGGAAAGAUAGAAAGCAUGAAGUAAAUAAGGAAAGAAACCAGGAAGGAACAGAAGAAAGCAGAAAGGAAAGAAAGAAUGCGGGAAGCAGGAAAAGGAAAGUGCAAGAAGGGAAAAAAGAAAGUAGGAAGGAAGGAAAGAGGAUGACAGAAGGAAAGAAAUCAGGAAGGAAAGAAAUCAAGCAGGAAAUGAGAAAGAAGGAAAGAUAUCAGGAAGGAAAGGAAGCAUAAGGAAAGGAAACAAACAAACAGGAAAUGAGAAAGGAAGUAAAGCAGGAACAAAGGAAAGAAAGCAGGAAGGAAUAAAGGAAAGAAGGAAAGAAAGCCAGAUAUUAUAAGUCUGGAAAUGUGAAGGUUUCUGUAAGUUUAUUCUUAAUUUAGUGUCACUUUGACUCACUCUCGUGGAGGUUUGCAUGUAGAACAAGUGGAAAUAGAAAGUUGCAUCUCCGCAGCCUCAUUUUAGUGGUCUUGAUUCAUUCAGAGGUUCCUUUUAGGGAUAGAAGGCUGAUUCCUCUCAGGUGUUUAGUAGAACUGUUAAUUACAGCUUAGCUAUUGUAUUAUUCAUUUUUGCAAGCUAUUAAAUAUUCAUGUCCUAUAUACUGAUAGCAUGCUAGUGUACCUGAACUAAAGCUCCUCCUCCUCACUUGUCCAAAUCAUUUAUUUAUUCAUUUGCACAGAAUUUAUUGGUUGUUUGGGAAAGUUGGUCUUGGAAAAAAAAAAACGAUCUGGAAUGCUCAGGAUUUUAUUUACUUUUUGUUCAUUCUGUCCUUCUAAACUACUUGUCACCUUGUUCUAAAUGUUUUUAUUUUAUUUUAUUUUGACAUAUUCAGGGACAGUACUUAAGGGAAAGGAGUGACUGGUUCAUACGUACACUAGAUGUGUCAAAAGGUUCAAAGUGAUGCACACAGAUUUUACACGUUUUUUGCUUAACACAGUUUUAUAACUGAACCUGAAGGGAAUUGUUCUUUUGAUUUUCUUAUUUUUGUGAAUAUUUAUUUCCACUUUUUUUUUUUUUUUUUGCUUCUUUACUAGAGUAUGAUGCAUGUCAGUUUUUGUUCAUUCUAUAUUCCCACGACAUCCCUCAAUGAUCCAAAGGAAUUUAGUGACGAGAAUACAGAAAAUCGUUCUCUUUCUUACCCAUCCGACAGCCCAAGAUAAACACUGUAUUACAGUAUGUGUUCUUGACUGUGACCUUUGACCCCUGAGUUAAUUGUUCAGUGACCUCAUAUGUGCUUCCUUUUUAUUUUCACUUCUACUUUCCUCUGUUCUCAUUUUAUGCACUUUUGGGUUUUUUUAACUAGAAAUGUGUUAUUUUUAUUAAACAGACAUUACCUGUGUUAUCUAACAAUACAAUAAAACUAGACUAUUAGAUGAUGCGUAACUUGAGUUAAUGAUAUUAUUUACUAACCUAUUUCAUUUAGGAAUGAGAUUUUAAUAUAUUUCAUGUUUUUGUUUUUUUGGGGGGUUUGAGAAGGGACUCGAAUCUCUAAGACAUUGUAUAUAGGUUUAAACCAAAAUUAUUUGUUCAUUAUGCCUGAAUUAUCAUUUUAUAAGCUAAAAUGUUGUGUUUAUGUGGUAAACUGAUCUUUUUGUGUUUUGUUGAAAACAUAACCUCAGCACAGGGGAAAUAAAUCCGUCUGAUCAAACUGCUGUUGCAGGUGAGACAUUAGUGAGCUUUUGUUAGAUGCUGAUGAACAAAAACACCAACUAAGCUAAAUGUGACUUAAACUACUCUGUGUAUAUCAUAAUUUGGGGCUAUUCGUCACUAUUUCGGAUCAAAUCAUACACAUUUUCAGAAUUAUACCAGCAUGGCUGCUGCUACAUUGGUGGCUUUAUCUGAGCUGAAUUGUAUGGUGUUUAAUGCAUGAUUUGAGUUUUAAGUUUCAAAGUGUCCUUAUUUCCAUCCUGCUGUUCACGUUAUCAAGCUCUCUGCUGCAGUUCAGGUCAAAGAUUAAUGCUUGAAGGUGAUGUCACAAGAAAUUCCUUUUGUGCUAAUGACAUGGUUAAUAGACCUAGUUAGAUGACAUACAGGUACAGUAGAAACCAUGACCCAUUGCGUUUUCUUAUGUGUUUAACUCUUAUUAGAAUCCUGUGUCCAGUGUCAUUGUUUUUCUAAUAAAACAAACAAA